AUGCGAUCACACGACCCAUCGUUUGCGGUCAGGAAUCGGGAACGAUAUGAUGAGAUUAACCGCCGGUGCUAUGACUCGACCACAAAGACCUAUACCUGCUAUCGAAUCGAUUGCCAGAAGGUAUGCAAAAACUUCCGGUCAAUGAGACGUCACUUGAGUUGUGUCCACUCGAGUCGUGACGUUGUCUGCGAUUAUACCGAAUGUAAUAAACUGUUUAAAUCGGAAAAACAAAUGCGAUUACACUUCAAGACAGUCCACACAACAGACAAACCCUUUAAGUGUCCGCACAAUGAAUGCGGACAACAAUUCACAAAUAAACAGCGAUUGGACCGCCAUUUGGACAGUCAUUUGUCUGCUGGUCAGCCAUUUGUAUGCGAAUUCAUCGGCUGUCAGAAGCGCUAUAAGAAUGAAAUGUCGCUUAAGACACACAAACGGAUCCAUUUGAGUGAACCGACCAUUAAAUGCACUGUAGAGGGCUGUGGCCAACGGUUUCACGAAUACAAGUAUAUGGUUAAACACCGGCAGACCGUCCACUCUGUGCCCCGUUAUAUACGUCGGCGACCGCCCGCACACUGCAUACCUUGUCAGUGGCCGGGCUGUGACUUUACCGCCAAAAGUAACACC